GACUGCCACGAGGGUUCGAACUAUGGCUGACAGCGGCCGGAUUCCUCAGGCCCGGGCACUUCUGCAGCAGUGCCUGCACGCCAGCCUGCAAAUACGCCCAGCCGAGGGGGACACCGAGACUCAAUGGGUGGAGGUUCAGAGGGGAUUAGUGAUUUAUGUGUGUUUUUUCAAGGGAGCUAAUAAAGAACUUCUUCCCAAAAUGGUUAAUACUCUGUUAAAUGUGAAAUUAAGUGAAACAGAAAAUGGCAAGCACGUGUCUAUAUUGGAUCUACCUGGCAAUGUUCUUAUCAUCCCUCAAGCCACUCUUGGAGGGAGAGUAAAAGGAAGAAACAUGCAGUAUCACUCUAACUCUGGAAAAGAAGAAGGGUUAGAACUUUAUUCCCAAUUUGUGACUCUGUGUGAGAAAGAAUUAGCUGCUAACAGCAAGUGUGCUGAAGCUGGGGUUGUGGUGGAACAUGGUACUUACGGGAACAGGCAGGUGUUAAAGCUGGAUACCAAUGGACCAUACACACACCUAAUUGAAUUUUGAAAAAUUAAAAGUCAGUUUCUCUAGUUGUUUUCUAGUAUAAAAUGAUUUUGACUAUAUUUAGAUUUUCUUCCUCUUCUUGAAUACACAAUCUGCAGCAUUUUUAGACAAGAAAAUCCUGGUUCCCACUCAUAACUAUGCAGCCUGAUAAUGGAACGACCUUGCCAAGUCACAAACUCGAUCUCAGUCACCUUUCAUUCUGCUUUCCCCUACACUUCCACUUGAAAACUUGAAAAAUGCUUUCUAUUCAUUUCAUAGUCAUUGUGGAAAUGUUCUUAGAGAGCUGUAUUUAAAAGCAUUUUGUAGUGAAGAAUAUUGUGUAAUCUAGUAAGAUAUAUUUCUUGUACCUUUAAAUGUAUGUAGUGUGUAAUAAAAAUAAUUAUUUUUAUUAAAAUUAGGUGAAAUCCCACACAAACUAAUUACAAUUUUGUCAGGUUUUACUAUUUCAGUCUUCCAUAUUUUGAAUGGAACAAUAUGCCACUGACUAUUCCUUUUAAUAAUAUCUAUGAAAAUGUAAUAUAGAAAUGUUAUUGUGCAUUAUGUUACUUUCUAACGACAUCUAAGUGCUUUAAAUCAUUUUAAGACUCUUUAGUUGAUACAAGAAAGUGUGAGGUUUAAAAAUUGUUUUUAUUUAAUAUACGUAUGGGUUAAUACUUCAGUUUCUCAGUUUUUUACCAAAAUAAUGUAUGUCUUAUUUUCUGUCUUUGGUUUUUAAAAGUUACUGCUUUGUGAAAUUAACGUUCAUAAGAAGUCCUUUCUUAUUUAAUUAUAUUGCUGUAAAAGGAAGAAGAAGAAAAAGGGAAGCUUUCUACUGGAAUUAUUUGGAAACAAGUCAACUUGUUCCUUUCCAUAUUACUUACCUGACGAUUUGGAGCCACUGUCAUUUUUUCUGUUAGUGAAUGUUUGUGCCCAUCACCCCCCAUUCAUAUGUUGAAGUCCCCCAACAUGAUGGUUUUGAAGAUGGGGCUUUGGGAGGUAAUUAGGGUUAAUAGAGAAAAUAAAUUUCUGUUAUUCAAGCCACUCAGUCUAUGGUAUUUUGUUAGGACAUGAGCUGACAAAGACAGUGAUAAAAGAUAGACAGGUAAUAAGGUAGAUUUUUCAGUCAAGAGAGGAAGAUAUAUAAGAAA